AGCUCAGAGAUUGAUUUUAGUUAGCAAUGGCGUCUGAACUCAUGGCCAAUCCCGAACAGGAACAAGAUGCCCUUCUGAGUGAACAACAAGACUCGGAAGCACUUCUUGCUCAUCGGACGUGGCACUUCAAGCGUUUAAGUGUUCUCUUUGCCACUUUGGCGGCUUGUGCGCUGGCGGCACUGGCGCUGGCCACGGAGCAGCCAUUUGCCUUGCGUGGCAAGGACGGCAUUCAGUACAGCGAUCCCAUCGAGGUGGAUGUGGAUGAGGCGACCAAAGAGUUCUCCACGUACUCCUAUGACGCCCAGCCUGCGGGUGGUCUGAUGUAUUCCAAUCACCAAACCCCCGUGACGGCCUAUGGCUACAACACAGCGCCUGUUUCACCGAGCUACACCAGCUCUUCGACAUCCAAGUCAGCUCGUUGCAUCCUGUGCAACCCGAACCAGUGCACGCUGGACUUGACGGGAAAGGGUGCCUGGACCAGUUGUCCCGCGUCGCAGAAAUACUUCUCGGAGGCGCAUUGCAAGUGUGUGAGCUCGUGCUCCUCCGAUCCGUCGCCCAUCGUGUCCUCCUGCAGGCUUUGCCAGAACUGCUACACCAAGACCUGCAACAUCGGAGGCAAAUACCUCAAAUGUGGGGCGACCACACCUUAUUGGGAACCCAACAAGCAGACCUGCGCGAGCGCUUGUCAGCAGGGACCCAACGUGGCGCCCGCGCCCACACCGUACACCGUUCCCACCGUGGCACCCAUGCAACUUCCCACCGUCGCACCGCUGCCCCCGACGCCGACGCUGGCACCCUUGGCCACCGUGGCGCCCUUGAGCCCGACGGCGGCGCCCGCAGCGAAGUGUGGGCAGGACACGGGUGGACAGUGCAAGUGGAUGGGUUGCUCUAGUUCUCGGGGCGCGACCUCCUGCAAGAGCGGCAAGUGCUUGUGUGGACCUGGCUAUUGCAACAAGGAUGGCAAGUGUAUGAAGUAUGCUGAUUUCCAGAAGCAGGCUGAGGCGGAGAGUCAUAAGUGCGUCACGAACACUGCUGUCUCCUGCCGAUGGUCCGACUGCGAUCGAAAGAUGGGACUCACCAUGUGCGACAGCCUGACGGCAGGACAUGGCAGCUACAAGUGCCUUUGCAAGAAACACUACUGCUGGGAUUCCUUGACCAAGCACUGCGUUCGUCAGUGACGAGAACUCUGAGAGCGAAUUCCAGGGACCGGGCCAGGAGAAGCUGACAGUGGGCCAAAUGGAGGAGCUGAAGCUGUCGCUGGAGAGCGCAAGGCCUGCCCGGCGACCCCGUCAUGAGGUCUUGGAGAGAGAGAAGGCUGAAGCAGGUCGCCGCAAGAGAUCGAUCGUGAGAUUGUUUUGAUGCUGAAAAUAUCCAUGUGGAUCGAGUUGGAGAUUCGAGUUGAUG